CUCGUUCAUGCCGACAAGCUUCGCUAUACCUGAUCUUUUCGACUUCGCCAUCCACAUCAGCAAUAAGUCACGUAAUUUAUUGGGCAUUUCCCAUACACAAGAUUGGGCGCAGCGCCAAAUUGCACCACCUGCGCCCCAACUUGCAUACGUGGGGCGAAGCCUGCCAUUAUGGAUUCGAGAGCUGUGAAUCUGCCAGCCUCCCUUGACGACGUCAGGAUCGAGAAGCUGCCGCCAUCGUCUUUUUACAUCGCAAACUUUAUAUCAGAGGAGGAGGAACAAUUCCUGUUGCAAAAGAUAGCUGAUGCGCCGAAACCACGCUGGAAACAACUGACUCAUCGACGUCUUCAAACGUGGCCGUCUGAUCUCGUCAACAACAAGCUGAUUGACGCCUCCUUGCCACACUGGCUUCAAGAGCCCGUGGUCUCGCGAAUUCUUUCCUUGCCUCUUGUCGCCGGUCCUGAUUCGUCCAAUCUCUUCGCCGACAGCCCUCACGAGCGGCCGAACCAUGUGUUGAUUAACGAGUAUCCUCCUGGAGUUGGAAUCAUGCCGCAUAAGUUGAGUACACGGUAGGUGGUUGAUGUGAGGAGCUUUUGAAUCUCAUACUAGCUACAGGACGGGUCUGCUUAUCAUCCAGUCGUGUGCACUGUCAGCCUUGGAGCAAGCCUGUGCC